UGUUAAUGGUCAUGUUUAUAUGUAUAAGAAAACCUGUCUGGGCAAGAGACUACUAAACAACUGAAAUGUGAUGGGAUAAAUUGAACUGUUCAUUGAGGGACUUCUCCCUUAAUACCUCUCUGCCCCUCCUAUUUAUCUGCUAUUCAACCAUGACUCCCAAGUUUCGCUUCUUGGGGUGUUUAUAUCUCUGCGCUGUAUAAGAGCAACACUCAUCGAGUUAGACAGGCAAAGAUUAAGAUGAAUUAGACUGAACUAAAUAAUUGACAACCCAGGAGCUCACGCUCUGUUCUUCUUCCACAAGGGCAUCUGUCUUGCUCCCGGAAAUGACUGAUAUGAGCAAAACAGUUUGGAUUUGAACCAGAGGAAAAAGUCCACAGGAAAAGUGUUAUAUGAGCUGAGAAGAGAGUGAGAGAUACUUAGCGAGAGUAUACAGUAGAUGCUGAUGAGGCAUAGUGAAACAACUGCAUGACAGCAGCAACACACUGAGAGUUGGAACACUUUACAGCACUGAAUAAUGUUGAACCAGCUGUACAGGACUAUGGCAGUGUGGAAAUCAGCCACGUUUAUUUUCUUCCUUCUGGGGUACUUCUUCCUCACUGAUGCCUUUAUGCACCUAUCUGGUCAGCACCUAAGGUCUCGUUUGCACAAGGAGCGACACCACAUUCGGCCAAAUAUUAUCCUUAUCCUCACUGAUGACCAAGACAUAGAGCUUGGGUCCAUGGUGGCUAUGAACAAAACACAGCAUAUAAUGAUGCAGGGAGGCACCCAUUUCUCAAAUGCAUUUUCUACCACACCCAUGUGUUGCCCAUCUCGGUCCUCUAUUCUGACUGGCAAAUAUGUGCACAACCACCACACCUACACCAACACAGAGAACUGUUCAUCACCUUCAUGGCAAGCCUACCAUGAAACUCGUACCUUUGCUGUUUACCUUAACAGUUCAGGCUAUAGGACUGCUUUCUUUGGGAAGUAUUUGAAUGAGUACAAUGGCUCCUAUGUGCCACCUGGAUGGAAGGAGUGGGUUGCCCUAGUGAAAAACGCUCGCUUUUAUAACUACACAUUGUGUAGAAAUGGGGCCUUGGAGAAGCAUAACAUGGAUUAUCACAUGGACUAUAUCACUGACCUUAUUACAAACGAUAGCAUCAGCUUCUUCCGAUUGUCUAAGAGACUGUACCCCAACCGGCCUGUGAUGAUGGUGCUGAGCCAUAUUGCUCCUCACAGCCCGGAGGAUGCAGCACCUCAGUACAGUACAGCCUUUGUGAAUGCCUCUCAACACAUCACUCCGAGCUACAAUUAUGCCCCUAAUCCAGACAAGCACUGGAUAUUGCAAUACACGGGUCCUAUGAAACCUGUUCACAUGCAGUUCACCAACAUACUGCAGAGAAGACGACUACAGACACUGCUCUCUGUAGAUGACAGUGUAGAAAAGGUGUACAAUAUGCUGGUGGAGAUGAAGGAACUGGAUAACACUUAUAUUAUCUACAUGUCUGACCAUGGCUACCACAUUGGCCAGUUUGGCCUCAUUAAGGGCAAGUCAAUGCCCUAUGAGUUUGAUAUUCGUGUUCCUUUUUAUAUACGAGGUCCAAAUGUGAAGGCAGGCUCGAUUAACUCCCACAUAGUUCUCAAUAUUGAUUUAGCACCCACUCUUCUUGAUAUGGCUGGAGUUGACAUUCCUAUGGACAUAGAUGGAAAAUCAAUCCUCAAGCUGCUACAGUCUGACAAACCAAUCAACAGGUUUCAGAUGAAUAAAAAGGGGAAAGUGUGGAGAGACUCUUUUCUGGUAGAGAGAGGGAAGCCUUUGCAAAAGUUGAAUAAUGGAAGAGGAGACAACUGGGAGAAUUCACUGCCUAAGUAUCAGCUUGUUAGGGAGCUCUGCAAGAAAUCGGAAUAUCAGACCCCUUGUGAGCAAUAUGGACAGAAAUGGCAGUGUGUUGUGGACUCCUUGGGUAUUCUAAGACUUCAUAAGUGUAAGAGAAGAGCAGAUCGCUAUGUCCCAUAUAAUCAGGACAAAAUGACUAAAGACUCACCACAGAAUUGUAACUGUGAGCCUGACGUGCCAUUCAAGAGGAAAAAGAUGCUGAUUAAGAAAAAGAUAAAGGCAAAAAAGACUUUGUCUCAAAAUCGUUGGACCCGUUCGCUCCCAUCUCACCUGGGCAGUACUAUGUACACUUUGGAUCUGGUGGAGGGUUAUCGACCAGUUGUACCAAAAAACAUCAGUCCCAGACUGGGCUUAGAAAAGGCAGAUUAUGGAGGUUUUGAAGAGCUCAGUGGAAUGGAGCCUAUAACCAACAACUUUACACCUCACACAGCACUGAAAGUCACUUACAGGUGUUCAAUACUGAUAAAUGACACAGUGAUGUGUGAUGGCAGAAUGUACAAAUCACUCCAGGCAUGGAAAGACCACAAACUACACAUUGAACAUGAGAUUGAGACAUUACACUCCAAAAUAAAGAGCCUUAAAGAGGUCAAAAGACAUCUGAAAAAUGCUCGUCCAAAAGAGUGUGAAUGCCACCACAUUAUGCCAACAUCUAAGGGUAAAAAGCAGGGGCUGCUGAAGGAACAGAAGAAGAGGAAGAACCUUCAUACCAAUAGCAUUUGUAAUAUAUCCGGGCUUACCUGUUUCACCCACACUAACCAGCACUGGCAGACUGCCCCCUUCUGGACAAUGGGACCAUUCUGUGCCUGUACCAGUGCCAACAAUAACACAUACUGGUGUCUGAGGACCAUCAAUGAGACUCACAAUUUUCUGUUUUGUGAGUUUGCUACAGGAUUCCUUGAAUAUUUUGACCUCAAUACGGAUCCUUAUCAGCUGAUUAAUUCAGUUAGUACACUGGAUCAUGGUUCUCUCAACCAUAUGCGCCUACAACUCAUGAAACUGCAUAGCUGCAAAGGUCAAAAGGAGUGCAAUCCUGAGAGAGGGGCCAAAGAACGAAACUUCAUUAUUAAUUACAGGUCGAGUUAUCAUCAUAAGCGGCCAAUGAAGAGACCCUCAUCCAAAUCCAUGGAAAAGAUCUGGGAAGGAUGGUUGGGGUAAAGCCAUCAUGCAUACAGACCAUAAAGUGUGUGAACAAUGUAAAACUUGGUAAUCUACUACAGGUAGUAUAUAUACAAAACCUCAAAUGCAUUUGUCUUAGUCAAUACAUUUUAAUUAACCAAAAUCAACACACAGUUUUGUGUUGUACUUAGCAUGGCCCAGCUGUUAAAAACUGAAUACCUGCAUUACACACUUCAUCAUACACAGCUAAAAUGGUGUUAUACAGACUUUCAAACAUUCUUCUCAAACAUGUUCUUAUCUUUGAGAUCCUCAAGAAUGUAUACUGUACUUAAAGUUCAUGGACAUUUUAAACUCUGAACAUAUUCUUUAUGACAUAAGCACCUACAGAUAUCACCUGCUGGAUGAUGUGUGAUUUUGAUUCUUUUUGUAAAACAAGGUGAGACUGCAUAUUAAGUCAGACUGAAUGAAUGGGUUAAUGUGCAUUUUAUUUAAAUGAUAAAAAAGUCUUUAAAAAAUUUUCAUUUGGAUGCAAUGCAAAAAAUUUAACUAAACUGUUCAGUGGUAUUAGUAUGAAAAAGAUUUACGGAAUGGUUCUCAUUAAAUAACAUACAUUGUUUGUUGUUGCUAAUAUUAACCUUUUAGACUAACAUUUGAGUACGAGUUUAGUUGCAAGUUAUUCAUCUUUCUUGACUUAAAAUGCAGGAAACAAGUCAAUAACUUUACCAGCAGAUGAUGCCAUGGACAUGUCACAUUAUUUGAUCCUCAUGAACUACUGUUUGGGACAGUGUCAUGUCACACUGUAAUUCAUGUGCGUAUAUUGUGUCCAGCAUAUAUUGGUUAUUAGCUGAUAUUUAAAAAAAACCUAAAAACUGAUAUGAAAUAGAUGUUUAUUGCUUGUUGCCUCAUUAGCAUUACAUUUGUAAAAAGUCGCAUGUUUUAUGUGCACUGGCUUUACUUUAUACAGGAAUAUUCUUGAGAUAAAUGUGAGGCCAUCUGUUCAGCAGCUUAAGCUGGCCUGAAACUGGAUCAUGCAACAAAAUUUUAAUCCCACGAACACUAGCAUAUUGACAUCUGAAUGGCUAAAGAAAAAAGAAAAUCAAGGUGUUGGGACGGCAAUGUCCAAAGUCCAGAGCUGAGUCCCAGUGAGAUGCAAGACCUUAAGAGAGCUGUGCAUAAAUUUUACUGUUAAUAUGACAUUUUGUGGUGUUAAAAAAAGAAAACUUGAAAUGUAAAUUAUUAAGCUAAUUAGUAAUUAUAAACAAUAAGACUAGGUGUGUUUAAGAUUCUCAUUAAAAAUGUCAGUAAUGUUAUAAUCUUGCUUUGUUUUUUUAUUAAUCAAUUUACUUAUUAGAGUCCAACAGCAUUUCCUCGUCUGAGCACCAGAGUGUGAGCAGGCAGGACUGUUUCUGUCAUUGUUUGUUUGAAGUUUUGCUUUUGUUCUUGUUUUAGUUUUCCACAUGUUCCUUGUCCCACCUGAGCUAUUGUUCUGUUUCCCAUCUGUUGCCUAUGAUUCUGUGAUUGUUUGUCCUAUAUAUCUGUCAUUUAGCGUUGUUUUUUUUGUCGAGAUGUUGUGAUGUCGAGAGUACUGUCAUGUCCAUUUAACAAUAAAAUGAAUAAUAAACAACAACAUACAUAGACACAAACAGUAUGUCAGAGAGCAAACAAGAUAAAAAAUGUGAACAGAGUAAGAAUCAAAACAGGAUCAGAGAACAAUAGGAAAAUUGCUCUUGAGGGAGGCCUUUU